AUGCCCGAGGAGGCGGGCUUCCCGCCCGCCAAGAAAUUCCGGGCGAGCGCCGGGCCUCCGAGCCGCACCGGGUCCUGCCCUCCCGGGCGGCGUGUGGUGAUGCUGCUGGCCGCUGGCGGCGGCGGAGGAGGUGGAGGCCGGAGGCAGCAGCCGCCCCUGGCCCUGCCCUCGGCCAGCCCCUACCCCGAGGCCGUGGAGAAGCAGCGCCGGAAUCUGCCCAUCUUCCAGGCGCGAGGCCAGCUGUUGGCCCAGCUCCGAAACCUGGACAGCGCCGUCCUUAUCGGGGAAACAGGCUCGGGGAAGACAACACAGAUUCCUCAGUACCUGUACGAAGGGGGGAUUGGCCGCCAGGCCAUCAUUGCUGUGACCCAGCCUCGUCGAGUGGCUGCCAUCUCUCUGGCUGCCAGAGUCUCUGAUGAGAAGAGAACAGAACUUGGGAAGCUGGUCGGCUACACGGUACGCUUCGACGAUGUCACCUCUGACGACACCAAGAUCAAGUUCCUGACCGAUGGCAUGCUCUUGCGCGAGGCCAUUUCGGACUCCCUGCUCCGGAAGUACAGCUGCGUCAUUUUGGAUGAAGCCCACGAGCGGACUAUCCACACGGAUGUGCUCUUCGGGGUGGUGAAAGCUGCACAGAAGAGGCGAAAGGAGCUGGGGAAGCUGCCUCUCAAAGUGAUUGUGAUGUCAGCCACGAUGGAUGUGGACCUAUUCUCCCAGUAUUUCAACGGAGCCCCUGUCCUCUACCUGGAGGGCCGGCAGCACCCGAUCCAGAUUUUCUACACCAAGCAACCCCAGCACGAUUACCUGCAUGCCGCCCUGGUCUCCAUCUUCCAGAUCCACCAGGAAGCGCCCUCCUCGCAUGACAUCCUGGUGUUUCUCACGGGGCAGGAGGAGAUCGAAGCCGUGAGUAAGACCUGCCGGGACAUCGCCAAGCACCUCCCCGACGGCUGCCCCUCCAUGCUGGUCCUUCCGCUCUACGCCUCCCUGCCCUACGCCCAGCAGCUGCGCGUCUUCCAGGGGGCCCCAAAGGGUUAUCGCAAAGUGAUCAUUUCAACCAACAUCGCUGAAACCUCCAUAACCAUUACAGGAAUAAAAUAUGUAGUUGACACGGGCAUGGUUAAAGCAAAGAAGUAUAACCCUGACAGUGGCCUGGAGGUGUUGGCCGUGCAGCGGGUAUCAAAGACCCAGGCCUGGCAGCGCAUGGGCCGGGCCGGCAGAGAGGACAGCGGCAUCUGUUACCGGCUCUACACAGAGGAUGAGUUUGAGAAGUUUGAGAAGAUGACGGUGCCGGAGAUCCAAAGGUGUAACCUGGCGAGCGUGAUGCUGCAGCUCCUCGCCAUGAAAGUCCCAAACGUGCUCACCUUUGACUUCAUGUCCAAGCCGUCUCCAGAUCACAUCCAGGCGGCCAUCGCCCAGCUGGAGCUGCUCGGUGCCCUUGAACAGAGGGAUGGCCAGUUCACCCUAACUCCAAUGGGAAGGAAGAUGGCGGCUUUCCCGCUUGAACCCAAAUUUGCCAAAACCAUCCUCCUGUCCCCCAAAUUCCACUGCACGGAGGAGAUACUGACCAUUGUCUCCCUGCUGUCCGUGGACAGCGUUCUCUACAACCCUCCAUCCCGGCGGGAUGAAGUGCAGAGCAUGCGCAAGAAGUUUGUGUCCAGCGAGGGCGAUCACCUCACCCUGCUCAAUGUCUACCGGACCUUCAAGAACACCGGCGGGAACAAGGAAUGGUGCAAAGAGAAUUUUGUCAAUAGCAAAAAUAUGACGCUAGUAGCUGAAGUCAGAGCACAGCUGAGGGACAUCUGCAUAAAGAUGUCCAUGCCAAUCCUGUCCUCCCGGGGGGACACAGAGAGCAUCCGCCGAUGCCUGGCGCACAGCCUCUUCAUGAGCACCGCUGAGCUGCAGCCGGACGGGUCCUACGCCACCACGGACACCCACCAGCCAGUGGCCAUCCAUCCCUCGUCCGUGCUCUUCCACUGCAAGCCGGCCUGCGUCGUGUUCACGGAGCUGCUCUUCACCAACAAGUGCUACAUGCGUGACCUGUGCGUUGUGGAUGCUGAGUGGCUGUACGAGGCCGCCCCCGACUUCUUCAGGAAGAAGCUGAGGACUGCCAGGAACUGA